AUGGCUUCUUCAGAUCUGUAUAUCUUUGAUGGUUCUUCUUCAUCUUCUUCGUCAAUUUUCCGCAACUCAAGUCCAGAAAUGUUUUCUUCAGACACAACAACUACAGAUUUGUUCAGCAACAACGAACUCUACUCUGCUGAUGGAUCUCUAAACAUUUUUGACCAUUUUGCCCCUCACCUCCUCUCUUCGUCUCCUCCAAGCGACCUUCUCGGAACCCUAACUUUAUCUCAUCAAAAUCCCACUGCACUGUAUCCAGACUUCUCCGACGCCGUCAAAACAGAGACGUUUUACGAAGGCGGCGGAUAUGGCGGCUCCCGUCAUAAUCAGACGGAAACGGUUUCGUCAAUGGCGCGAAGCUACAGUGCAAUAGAGAAUGCGGGGAGGUAUAUGCAGAGAAGCUUUAGCAGCAAUUCGGUUGAUGGAAAACCAAAUCAGCUUCCGCUGGACAACAUUCCGAUUAUGGAUUCUUCGAGUCUUCAUUACAACACCUUGAGCUCGACGGAAAAUGCCUUCUUUUCCAGUCAGAUGCGACGAGUCUACAGCACAGGAGAUUUGCAGAACGUGAGAAAGAAUUGCGGAGAGCAGAUAUCGUCGGCGCCGUUUUCCGAGGAACAAAAUUUUAAGGUGGGACGUUAUAAUGCAGAAGAACGAAAAGAGAAAAUCUCAAAGUACAGAGCCAAACGAAACCAGAGAAACUUUUCCAAAACUAUAAAGUAUGCAUGCCGGAAAACAUUGGCGGACAGUAGACCUCGGAUACGUGGCAGAUUCGCACGCAACGACGAAAUUGUAGAAAUUCCCAACAUUGAAGACGACGACGCUGAGAUUUGGAAACUGGAUGGGCUGCAUGAGGAGGAAGAAGCUUUUGUGAGCAGCUUUGUGGUACAACAGUCGCAUUUCCAAUACCCAACUUCUUCUUCUUCCUCUUCUUUAUGGUGA